UCGAGGACUAAAACAGAAUCGGAUGGUGUUAUAAUGUUUCAGUGUGUUUACUGUGUUUCGUAAAUCAAUAAGAAUUAUUUGAGCAUUAACGGUGUAACAUAACGUACCAACAAAUAACAUGAACAGUUCGAACAUCGAUUUGGUUGAUCAGCUGAAACAUGCAGGAAAACUUUGGUAUCUUGUUAACCCCUAUGAAACUAUCUUCGAAUUCCCGCACGAAGUUCCUGAUUAUCAGCAUCAGGUAUGGCUGCCGUUCUUGGUUCUUAUCAUACUGGAGCAAAUUAUACUGAUAUCCAAAAAAAAGAAAUUUCGCCUGAACGAUCAAGUGACAUCCUUAUCUCAUUGGAUGUUUCAAGAAACUGGCCGUAUUUUCUUCCGUGGUGCUGAAUAUUAUGCAUACAUCAUAAUUUACGAGAGAUAUCGCUGGUGGAACCUGCCUUGGAAUUCAGCAUGGACUUGGUGUGUCACUGCCGUGGGGGUGGAUUUCUGUUACUAUUGGGUUCACCGCAGUAACCACGAGAUACACUUUUUAUGGGCUCACCAUCAAGUGCAUCAUAGCAGCGAGGAGUUCAAUCUCGCGGUUGGUCUGCGGCAAUCUAUUUUGCAACACUGGUGUAACUUCAUAUUAUAUUUACCUCUUGCAUUACUUAUACCUCCAUCACAUUUCAUCGCUCAUAAUCAGUUUAAUUUAAUUUAUCAAUUAUGGAUUCACACGACUGUCAUUGAUGAUCUCGGACCGUUGGAAUUAAUAUUGAACACGCCAAAACAUCAUCGCGUACAUCAUGGUUGCAAUUUAUAUUGUUUGGAUAAAAAUUAUGGUGGCGUUCUCAUUAUAUGGGAUAAGCUAUUUGGAACAUUCAUGAAAGAAAAAGAAAAGGAGGAAAUAAUUUAUGGACUAGUUGUAAGUCCUCGGUCUUUUAAUCCUCUAUAUUUACAGAUAUUUUAUACUGUAGAAUUAUUUCAAAAGAGUAUACGGAUGUCGAAUCUCGCAGAUAAGUUAGCUGUUAUUUGGAAAGGUCCUAGUUGGUUUCCAGGCAGUCCUCGCUUAGGUCUGGAUGAAUAUAAAAUUAAUGUCACAUCUAGGAUCAAGUAUGAUAAUUAUAUACCGUUAUGGCAAAACGUUUAUAUAAUUAUACACUUUUGUCUAAUAUUUUAUCAGCAUCUUCAAUUAUAUGACGAAACACAGGAUUUAAGAACUAUACCUUCUGGAUUUAUACUCAUUAAUAAUUUAUUUGCUCUUACUGCAAUUGGUUUAUUAUUCGACAAAUCGACAUAUGCCGGCAUUACAUUUCAUAAACAAUAA